AUGCCCCAGGGAAAUGGGUCACCUCCAGCCUGGCGCGGGGAGGGAGAAAGUCAAUUACACGCCACAGGCACCGGGCCGGCAGGGUCUCACCAGGCAGAGGGAGAGGAAGCCAGGGCAGGAAAGAGGGAGUCAUCAGGCAGAGGGAGAGGAGGCCAGGGCAGGAAAGAGGGAGUCACCAGGCAGAGGGAGAGGAGGCCAAGGCAGGAGAGAGGGAGUCACCAGGCAGAGGGAGAGGAGGCCAGGGCAGGAAAGAGGGAGUCACCAGGCAGAGGGAGAGGAAGCCAGGGCAGGAAAGAGGGAGUCACCAGGCAGAGGGAGAGGAAGCCAGGGCAGGAGAGAGGGAGUCACCAGGCAGAGGGAGAGGCGGCCAGGGCAGAGGGAGAGGAGCCAGGCAGAGGAGAGGGAGUCACCAGGCAGAGGGAGAGGAGGCCAGGGCAGGAGAGAGGGAGUCACCAGGCAGAGGGAGAGGCCAGGCAGGGAGAGGGAGUCACCAGGGAGAGCCAGGGCAGAGGGAGUCACCAGGCAGAGGAGAGAGGCAGGCAGAGAGGAGGCCAGGGCAGAGGGAGAGGGGGUCACCAGGCAGAGGGAGAGGAGGCCAGGGCAGAGGGAGAGGAGGUCACCAGGCAGAAGGGGCCUGGUGACUUCUGA